CCAUCUCUGGAUCUCAGCAGGACUUCUCGGGACUCCUUCAAGACCCACUGGUGUGCCCCUGCUGUACUCUGUCCUGCCCCCUGUGGAGAUGAUGUGGAACCUGUUUGUGUCUUGGACCUUCCUGCUGGUGGCUUCUGGUCCGCUGUUGGCCCAUCCCCUCACAGAGUCUGCGGAGAUGCCCUACUCAGGACCUGUGUCGGUGGAGGAUAGAGGGGCUGGUAGUCCAGACGAGCUGUCCUACUCAGAGCAGAUGUACCUUCCCCAGAUGGCUCCUGGUCUCAGAUACGCCUCCCUCUUAUCUGGAGAGAUCAACAGAGAUGGUCUUAGAACAACUGGACUUCUUCCAAGGCAGAUGCAAAGAGAUGUCCUCUUGGAGAAAUCCAACCAUUUAAGUCCUUUCAGUCGCUUCCUGGGGAUUCGAAAACAGUUCAAGAAGAGGGGAGGAAACUCUGAGUGCUUCUGGAAGUACUGUGUUUAACAGUCAAAACAGACCAGUACUAAUAGACAGGACUUGCACUAUUAAAUUAUCCCUUUCACACACACAGACAGAUAAAGACAAAAGGCACUCACACUGUACAAAGGCAGUAAUGGUACUGUACAGAUUAUAUAUUGAAGAAGAUAAUAAAAAAUGCUGCAGAAUGAGGACUACAGUAUUUUUUUUAGAUCCA